AUGUCUCGUCUCUACUCCAGCGCAGCAUUUUUGUCGAGUGUCAACCGAAUGGUUCCAAACAAUCUCGACGAUCAUUCCGACGAUCUCAAUUAUCUUCUACAUCUCAACCAGGAACAACCUCAGAAUGUUUCAUUUCCUUCACAAGCACAGGCUCUUUCCUCCUUUCUUGCUCUUACAAGGCGUUGUAACCCAGUUUCCCGUGCGUUCCGUCAGUGGACGCAAUUCUACGUCGACAGGCAGGUCUCGACGUACAAAAAGCACCUCAGUUUUAUCUUCCGGUCAAAAGCGUUCAACAAUACCAAGAAGCGCUUCUUUUCAGCGUGGUUCUCAUUCUUCCAGGAGAAUGUGCAGGAAGCUUACAUAUCCCACUUGUCCUUCAUGAAGCGACACAUGGAUGUCAGGCACGAGCUCCGCCUCAUCUUCGUCUCUUGGCGUCAGAUGCACCUGACAGGGACCCGAUCCAUCUCGCAGUAUACCUUCUAG